AAAAAAAAAGUAGUUGUUGUUUGUGUUGUUUGUGAAAAUGUUUAUCGAGAAGUUUAAGGUUGAGAGUCCUAAUGUGAAGUACAGUGAGGAUGAGAUUCAGUCCGUGUACAACUACGAAACCACGGAGCUUGUUCAUGAGAACAGGAAUGGUUCUUAUCAAUGGAUUGUUAAACCCAAAACCGUCAAAUACGAAUUCAAAACCAACACCCAUGUCCCUAAAUUGGGUGUAAUGCUUGUUGGGUGGGGUGGAAACAAUGGCAGCACACUCACUGGUGGCGUUAUUGCAAACCGAGAGGGAAUUUCAUGGGCAACGAAGGACAAGAUCCAACAAGCGAAUUACUUUGGGUCUCUGACUCAAGCCUCUGCUAUCAGAGUGGGGUCUUACCAAGGAGAGGAAAUUUAUGCCCCAUUCAAGAGCCUCCUCCCUAUGGUUAACCCCGACGACAUUGUGUUUGGUGGAUGGGAUAUCAGCAAGAUGAACCUGGCAGAUGCCAUGGCAAGGGCCAAGGUAUUCGACAUCGAUUUGCAGAAGCAGUUGAGGCCUUACAUGGAAUCCAUGGUUCCACUCCCUGGAAUCUAUGACCAAGAUUUCAUUGCUGCUAACCAAGAAGCGCGCGCUGACAACAUCAUCAAGGGCACCAAGAAGGAACAGAUUCAGCAGAUCAUCAAGGACAUUAAGGAAUUUAAGGAACAGAACAAAGUCGAUAGGGUGGUUGUCCUGUGGACCGCCAACACCGAGAGGUAUAGCAAUGUUGUUGUUGGUCUUAACGACACCAUGGAGAACCUCAUGGCUUCUGUGGACAAAAAUGAGUCAGAGAUCUCUCCUUCCACCUUGUUUGCAAUUGCUUGUGUUAUGGAGAAUGUUCCUUUCAUCAAUGGAAGCCCUCAGAACACUUUUGUCCCAGGGCUAAUUGAUCUUGCCAUCAGUAGGAACAGUUUGAUUGGUGGAGAUGAUUUCAAGAGUGGCCAAACCAAAAUGAAAUCUGUGUUGGUUGAUUUCCUUGUUGGUGCUGGUAUCAAGCCAACAUCGAUAGUGAGUUACAACCAUCUUGGAAAUAAUGAUGGUAUGAAUCUCUCAGCCCCACAAACCUUUCGAUCAAAGGAAAUCUCCAAGAGCAACGUUGUUGAUGAUAUGGUCAACAGCAAUGCCAUCCUCUAUGAGCCUGGCGAGCACCCGGACCACGUUGUCGUGAUUAAGUAUGUUCCUUAUGUUGGGGACAGCAAGAGGGCCAUGGAUGAGUACACAUCGGAGAUAUUCAUGGGCGGAAAGAACACAAUCGUGUUGCACAACACCUGUGAGGAUUCCCUCUUGGCUGCUCCUAUUAUCUUGGACUUGGUCCUUCUUGCUGAGCUUAGCACUCGAAUUCAGUUCAAAUCCGAAGCUGAGGGCAAGUUCCACUCAUUCCACCCGGUCGCAACCAUCCUGAGUUAUUUGACCAAGGCCCCUUUGGUUCCACCGGGCACGCCAGUGGUGAAUGCAUUGUCGAAGCAGCGAGCAAUGUUGGAAAACAUAAUGAGAGCUUGUGUUGGUUUGGCACCGGAGAACAACAUGAUUCUAGAGUACAAGUGAAUCGAAUUCGAAUCUGUGGGCAAGAAGCAGUAGUUUGAAAGAAUAAUCUUGGCUGAAUGUUUUGGAGCCGUUAUUAUCCCCUGGCUGCUCCCUUUUUUCUUUUUUCUGUUGCUUAGGACGUUUGCAAGUGUAAUAUUUUGCUUUGGUUUCUGUGUUGCUUUACCAUAGGGAAGGGCAGUUAUUUUGUUUUCCUUGGUGCAUAAAUAUGUUAGGUUUGUGUGCUUUGUGGAAUCAAAUGAAAAGCAUAAAAAAAAAAAAGUUA